CUUCAUCGAUGUAUAGGCCUUGUUAUCCACUACGAUCCCCCAGUAUUUUCUACGGUUUCAAGUGAAGUAAAAACAUAUUUGACCUAGUUUUUCCCACAGAGAAACACUUUCGUCCUUGACCUGCCUGACCAUUUUCUAAAUGACAAUGGUCUAUAAGUAGGCCUAUACCGAGUCGGAAAUUCAGAUAGCACAGGCUAGUUGUGCUUGUGACUGUGAACAAGUCGCUUUGUGGACCGUUAGAGCACAUUAACCAUUUUCAACUGAAAAUUUAGUCGCUCUGUGUUGAGAACCACAGUUUGGCAACUGGUCAGCAACGGAAAAAUGAACAGUAAUAUGAGGUCUCAAAUCCAGCGUAGUAAAGAACUUUUACCAACAUUGCGGGGACUCAUCAAAGAAUCCGACAUCGAUCUUGCCUUGAGUGAUGAAGUGCUAAUGUGUUUCAUCCAUGCACGCAAAUACGACGUACAUCGAGCAAUGAAAUUGUUGAAUCAUUACCUGAGAAUGACAAAAAAUUACCCAGACCUUAAAAACUUGCACCCAUUACGCGUAAAACACGUGCUAGACAAGGGCCAUGUUCUUAGCUCACCACGCCGCGAGCAAAAUGGACGUCGAGUGUUGAUAUUAAACCUACGCAAUUGGGAUCUCACAACUUGCAGUUUGGAAGACAUGAUACGAUGUGGAGUAUUCUGCUUGCAGAGGCUGGUUUGUGAAGUGGAAACGCAGACUAACGGCAUAGUGGCCAUCAUUGAUGUCAAAGAUUUUACACUUCAUCAUGUGGGGCAAUUUACGCCAAAUUUGAUAAAGAAAAUUACGGACAUCGUACAGGAUGUAUUUCCUAUUCGAUUGCAAGGAAUACAUAUCGUCCAUGAACCUCGGAUUAUAAAAAUCCUAGUGGCUAUAUUUUGGCCUUUCCUGUCAAACAAAAUUCGCAGCCGGUUAUUCUUUCACGGCCGAUGCUUUGCAGCUCUGCACCAACACGUGGAUCCUGCUUGUCUACCCAGUGACUAUGAUGGUUCGAUGAAACCUAUGGAUACUAUGCAUUUUCUCAACGUGUUUGCCGAAAAGAAUUACUCUCAGUUAUUUGACUGCUUUGACUGAAAUGUGAAUUUUGUUGACCUAUUUUCCACGACAGACCAAGGUGUUUUAGGACGAUGAGACUGCUUUUAUCUUUCAUGUUUGCCGACAAUAGUUUUUCUGUCCCUAAAUAGAUAUUGUACCAAGUUGCAGUAUUUGAAAUUGGAAAAGUUAUGACAUCGUACUUUUGGCUUUUAUGAGGAACAGUUGGGACUCGGCCCCGGUUGGUUGAUGAUACGGGGGGUAACCUGUGGAUAAAAGCCAAAUACUGCUUAACGUAAAAACCAGUAAGAUACUAGCGCGCCAGUACACUACAGCGCUAGCGCUAUGAAGCACAAAUAUUCGGUGUAUUU